AUGUCUAUCAUUUGCCACUCCACCUUGAUAGAGCAUAAACACAUAGCUUCGCUCUCAUGUGUCCAUCUAGAGCCCAUUGUUCACCGUCGGGUCAACUCCAGUUCGCCUCAAAACAACAGAGACCUCCCCCGGGCUCGCACUGCUGGUGGGUGCUUUCGGACACGGCAACAAUGGAACGUUGACCGGGCCGUGUUAGUCCCCUCCGAGCAUCCGAGCAUAACACGGACACAUGUGCCGGCGCAAGGCGACAACAACCCCGGAAGUAAGGACGCCCUUUCGCACCCCCGGCCGGACCCCGGAAUGCCGCCUCAUCCCGUCCCACACUCCGAGUGCCCCCCGUCCCGUAGUAGCUCUGUGAUACCCACUCUUAUCACGAAAAGAAGAAUGAUGUACUCACACCCGGAGCACGGCCAUCAAGGCAUCCGCAGCAGCUCGCUCGUUUCGACACAACCACCUUUUUCUGCGCGCACAUGCAUAUGUCCUGCCCUUCCUUGUCCAACGCCGUUCCCACUACCACCCCUCAAACCCACCACGGGUGCGAGGAGCCUCACACCACGGGCCAAGCAAACCCGCACCCCGUCUCGGGAUGUGGAGAUGGAGAUGGAGAUGGAGACGGGGACGACGCUCGAAAUACGAGGACCCUCCACAUCCAACACAUAG